GGCAACGUGUUGGUUCUUCUCGUGCCAACCAUUCCAUUCCACAUUCCCCUGCAUCACCACUGCUACUCUGUUCGGCCAAAUAACACCUAACCCUCCCACGUGUCCUCCCGCCCCGGUGGGAGCACAACACAAGAACCACCACGAGCUCUCCCAUUCCCUUCCCUCGGAUCGGGAGCGGAGCAGGAACACAAGGCCCGGCGACGCGCGGAUCAGACGAGACUCCGCACUGCCGGAUUUCGGGGGAGGAGGAGGAGGAGGAGGGAGGGCCAUGGAGAAGGAGCAGAAGGCGGAGGGCGAGAGGGCCGCCACGGCCGCCACGCAGCGGUGGGUGAUCGGGGUGGGGUUCUGGGUGCAGGGCUUCCGGCUCUUCCCGUGGCUCGGCGUCAACUUCUUCCUCAAGGACGCCAUGGGCGUCCCCUCCUCCUCGCUGCAGAUCCUCCAGGCCUCCGCCACCCUGCCCAUGGUCGCCAAGCCGCUCCUCGGCCUGCUCUCCGACGCCGUCCCCAUCCGCGGCUGCCGACGCCUGCCAUACGUCGCCAUCGGCGCUCUCUUGCAGGCAGUUUCAUGGUUAGGAAUUGCCCUCUGGCCAUCUCUUUCUCUUCCGGUUCUUACCAUUUUUCUCCUCUUGAGCAACUUUGGCGCAUCCAUAUGUGAGGUUGCCAAUGAUGCCAUUGUAGCGGAGGCCGGGAAGCAAGCAACCUCUUCCUCAGGGGGGCAGCUUCAAUCCUUUGCUUGUAUGUUUGGCGCUUCUGCUGGCGCGUUAGGAAAUCUCCUUGGUGGCAUUGCUCUCAGCUACUUUUCCCCAAAACUCAUGUUCCUAUUUUUCGCAAUCGUUCUCGUGCUCCAGUUCUUCACUACUGUGGCUAUAUCUGAGAGCUCCCUCAAACUCCCCAAGGCAACUACUAAUACAUCAGUGAUUUCCAGCAUCCGUAAACAAACCAAAGAGCUGUCAUAUGCGCUCUGUAUGCCGGAAAUAUUUUGGUCAAUCAUAUGGUUUUCAGUGUCCUAUGCUGCCAUACCAUUUCUACUCGGGACCAUGUUCUUCUACCAGACUGAAGUGUUGAGGCUGGACUCAUCCAUCAUCGGUUUAUCCAAGGUUUUUGGUCAAGUGGCUCUCUUGGCUUGGAGCAUGGCAUACAACAAGUGCUUCAAGACAACGUCUGCACGCAAGGUCUUAUCAGCUCUACAGUUCAUCACAGCGGUCGUAAUGUUGUCAGACGUGUUAUUUGUUCAGGGUGUAUACAGGAAGGUGGGAGUACCAGACUCCAUAUACACAAUUGUGUUCUCAGGGCUGCUAGAGGGCCUUAUGUUUUUCAAGGUGCUACCCUUCAGUGUUCUUAUCGCAAACCUUUGCCCCUCCGGGUGUGAGGGGUCGGUUAUGGCCUUUGUCAUGUCUGCACUUGCCCUAUCUAUUAUCAUCAGUGGAUAUCUUGGUGUUGCGCUUGCUGAAUUCAUGGGGGUAUCAGGAGAAGAUUUCUCAGCGCUCCCGGUUUGCCUGCUGAUUGAGGCUGGAUGCACAAUGUUGCCGCUGUUUUGCUCGUCAUGGAUUAAAGAGAGGAAAGGGAAGGAGAAGAAAGAAGAGUAGAAUCCAUCUGUAGGAUCCAAAGAUGGUGUAUUGGUGCCGUUGAGGCUUUCUCGAGUUCGCUGAUUCUUGAGUAUGGGGCUGCCUGAAUUCCAGUUUCAUAAUGUGAAACAACCUAAGUGAGGAUGAUUAGGUCCUUCAGUUGUUCAGAGUGCUCUGUGGCUUUCCAGGGACUAUCUUAAAAAGGGAAGAGCAGAUAUACAUGUGUGCAAUCAUUCUUAUAUAUAUGAUUCUUUUUUGGGUGUAACUAGCUACUUUCUUUAGCUUCUGUAUAAGACUGUAACUAGUUUUCUUUUCUAAGUUAUAUGUAACUAGUUGAUUGAAAUCCUGAACAUUGUGUAUUAGUUUUAUGGCCUUUGAUCUGCUAGUUACAUUUCUUUUCA